UUUGAAAGUCUGGGUCAGGUCCUGUUCGGAAGGCAUGACGGAUACUGAACUUUAAUCAAUAAACAGCUUCGCUUUGGCUGAAUAUUUAGAGGCGAGAAUGAUAAUUUCUCCUUCAGUUAAACAAUAUUUACACACAGGAAUUAUUUACAGGUGAAUAUAGAUAUUAACCCGCUUAUCUAAAACCCAGUACAGGCUGUAGUUACUGGUUUUAGCUCUGGUUCGCUGUAAUGGAUCCUGUGUUACCGGACUCUCAGUACAGCAGAUUUGCUUCUUAUGAUUUUGAAAGCGAUGCUCGUUUUCAGGAAGGUCUGAAGAAACUAUCUAACCAGGGUUUACUGGAGCUGAAGAUCUUCUAUUAUAACAGGUUUAUUGAACCAGUAGAUUUAACUGGUUUCCAGGAGUGGCGGGACAGACAUCAGGAUUCACAAACUCAGACAUCUGAAGACAUUUCAGUUACUACAGACACAAACUGUGUUAAAGACAAUUCAAGCCAAAGGGAAACUAAGGAGGACACAUUGUUGGAAAAGGAGACCAAGUCAGAACAUGGUGAUUCCCUCAGUUUUGCAGAAGUGUUCCGCAUGAUUCAGGCUGGAGAGGAGAUCCCUGGACUUGAGAAGUUGGACAUUAAAUCCUGUAAUCAAAAACCUUCAGUUUCCCAGAUACCAAGAAAGUUAAAACCCUGGGAGAAGUAAUGUUUUGCACAGAACCAUAAAAUGGUGAACAAACUGUGAAGGCACAGUGCCAAACCCAGAAGGUUAUGGAUGUAAAUAUAUGAAGCAAUAAAAGACAUACAUUUUUA